UUGCUAUGUUACGGAAGCUUCGUCUGUUCAGGAAUUUGUUCAUCUUCGUCGUAAAAUUACCAAUCAUGCCACAGUCUACUACAGGGUGAUUUUACCAACUGCGAAUGCAGUUGUUGAAAAUAUUCAAGAUUUCGUUGAAACCUAUACUGCGCUAAGCUAUGAUGAUUUCAAAGAAUGCAUCGAGGAUUUGGCUAAUGGUGCCCAUAGGAACCGAGAUAUGGUUUCUUAUACAAAGUUACUUCACCAGGAAAUACUUGCCAACUUUAAAUCCGAACAAAACAGCGUGAAUAUUGUAUUGAAAAAGCUUGAAAAAGAUGCGGUGUGGUAUAACGCAAGAGCAAAACAAUUGAAAGAUUCGAGUAAUGCUAAGACAAGCUGGGCAAUUGGUUUGUCACUUAUUCCUGGCGUAAACUUCAUCGCGAGUCCAAUCUUGUGGUACAGAGGCAAGGAAGAUCUUGUUGAAGCAAUUGCAAGUGAAGAAGAAUCAAAGUUGGCUGUAGCCGCCACGCACAUUAUUCGAGAU